AUGCGGAGUGCACGUGGCAUUUCGACAGUCAUGUCCAUUGAGCAGUUCGAAAAUGGAAUAUGGGGCAAGUGUUUCAUUGGUGUUAUCCGAUUAUCCUUCCUAGUCGUAACCUCGCUUUAUGGCCUGUUUGCUGGGAGGGAGGCUACAGUCAGUGAAGGGAACGGUGGCGACGCCGACAACAUCCUGGCAACAAAGCCGGAAGGCUUCCCGGUUGCCCUGAUCGUGCUUCGCAUGCUUACGACCGCUGUGCCUUUCGUCAUGGUCGUCGUCAUAACUGCCCUGGUCCAUGGUGCCGCGGCCCUUGUCUGUUCUCCUGCCGAAGGGCAUCGGAUCAGGUCCAUCAUCUUGGUCUUCUGUACCAUGGUGCCAGGUUGGGCAGCCGUAUACCUAUGCGCGAGGGCCUCCACAAGUCAUGCUUGGUCCACGGCUGGCUUCCUCUUCUGCACCUGGGCCCUCGGACUCAAACUUGUAGUUGAGGCUUCUUGCAAUUUCAACUCAGUCGCCAUGAAAACAGCCUGGUCGGUCGUGAGCAUGGCCAUUGACGCCGUUCAGCAGACUUGGCUUGUCGCCCUUUCAGCUCAUCGACUACACUCGCUGCAGAGAUCUGCAGGGAACCAGUUCUUCCCAAACUUGAUGGCGAGGGCGUAUUGCGCAGCGGCGGGGUUUGUCCUUUUCACGAUUGCUUUGGUCACCGUCAACGGCCUCAAGGACUUGUGGCUCCCGACAAAGGACAUUGGCAGUUUUCUUGCGCCACAUGUGCCGGCAUUUUGCCUUCGGCACUUUGUCGCUGGUGUGGAAAUCUUCCUUAUUGGCGAGUUCGUCUUCCUUUUUACUUAUGUCUGUCUGGGUUUCUCGUUGGUUGGGCUGGUUGUCGUGAUGUGCCUUGUCGCGAUCAAAUUUUGCGUCGGCGUCCUGCUUGCCUAUUGUCGGAUCUUGGGACACUUAACUGCAGCAAGACGAGUGGCUGAGACGUCAAACUGCGGACGGAAGGUCAAUGGCCUCCAGGCUUUGCAGAGGGGCGAGUGUGCACUUCGCAAGGAAAUCUUUGGCUUCGCUCUGUGUUGCUUCUUGACCAGCCUCAUUCAGGAACCGUUGGCCUACGUGUUCCAGACAGAACCCCUGGCUGUUCUUCUCAUCAUUUGUGGGAGGCUCCUGGGCUGCACAAUGGGUGCUUGGUUCCUGUCCAACUCUUAUCGUCUCUCCAAGCCUGCUGGCCUCCCUACCUUGCCUCGCCGCUGUGUGACGCGCAAAUCUCCUCCACGACAGCGUCGGACAACGGAUGCAGCCUGGCAGGCGAAGGUCGCAGAAUUGUCGACGCGCGGCAUCACAGCAAGGGAGUUGCUGGAGUUCUACAAGCAGCUGGGCAGCGGCACCAUGCCACACUACAGUGCAGGCAUGCACACCACCGGCGAUGUGGUGCGACAAGGCAUCAUCCCGAUUACCAGGUCCGGGCGUUGCUCCUAUGCCGAG